ACGGGCGUUUUAAAUCGAUUCGAUACCAUAUCGAGCGAUGCGUCGCUUCGACCGUCGCGGGUUGGAUAAGAUAAGAGUGUGUUAUUUUAUCUGGGAUGAGGUAACGGGCGAAUCGUCGAGGCAGAGUCACUUGGACAAGAGAAUUCCCGCCGUCGAGGUCGUCAUGUCGUCGUCGUUGACAGUCCGCGAAAACCGCAACCAGAGUUUCAACAAGGAGAAAAUUUCCGGUUCGCAACCCGAGCAGGAAACUGCGACUGACGAAACGGACGCCUGGCUAUUCAGGAGGAAAAAAAACAAUGACGAUGCCGACAGCGUGGCGAGCGUCGCGUCGAGCCUGGAAAGCACGGUCGUAUCGAGCAAAACGGAGCGUGAUUCCGAAGUCUACGACAUGUCGCAUCCGCGACGAGGAGUCGCCCUGAUCUUCAACCACAUUCACUUCGUAAACAUGGCGACUCGGACCGGGACGAUCAAGGACUGCAAAAACCUCGGCGAAGCUCUCGACAGCCUUGGAUUCGAGGUCCGCGUCUACAACGAUCCCAGCUUCAAGACCAUAUCGCAAGUUCUGAGAUCAGUCGCCGCCGAAGAUCACAGCGACGCCGAUUGUCUCGUUGUAUCAGCGAUGUCUCACGGCGAAUCCGGCUUCCUGCAUUCGAGCGAUGAACUUUACUCCGUUGACAGACUUUGGACUUCUUUCACCGGUGAUUUGUGUCCCAGUCUCGCUGGAAAACCGAAGCUCUUCUUCAUCCAGGCUUGCCGAGGCAAUCGACUCGAUCAGGGUGUCACAGUGAUUCACGAAACUGACAGCGCGACUAGCUACAGCAUACCUGCGUAUGCUGACAUCAUGGUUGCCUACUCGACUUACGAUGGUUUCUACUCCUGGCGCAACCCAGACGCCGGCUCCUGGUUCAUCCAGGCGAUCUGCAAGGAACUCGCAAAGAACGGCAGGAGUCGAGACCUCCUGACUAUAAUGACGUUCGUCAACAGGAGGGUCGCCCUCGACUUCCAAUCCUACGUACCUCAGAACGCCAAGAUGCACGCAAAGAAGCAGAUUCCAUCGGUCGUCUCGAUGCUCACGCGCCUCGUUUACUUUUCAAAAAAGUCAGGCAGUCUUCGCUACAUGAAUAAAGUCACCGCGCUUUGAAUCCCACCCCAUGCACCACGGCUUACAAUUAAUCUUCAAUCAUCGACGACUAUUGAACAUGUUUCAUGUAUUUCAGUCGCGUGAUUAUACACGGAACAUUUCGUGCCAAUUACUCGACAAAGUUUUCAGCUAGAAGAAUUUAUAACAAUUUAAUAGACGGCUUAAUCGUUCGUCGAAAGAAAAAAUACACGAUACAAUUGAACCGAUGUAGAAAAUUAAAUUUUUGAAAAUUUCACGAAAAGUGCGUUACUAGGAACUGAUUUCAAUAUUUAUAUACCUAUACAACUCAAAAACGACCCCAUGAAAAGAACGUACAAAAAAGAGAUUGGUAUUAUGGAAAUACCGUUAGAUACGUGAAAAAAUGUCGAUCAAAUUAAAAAUGAUGAGAUUACAAGCUGUCGUCGACCUUGCAUGGAAUACCUCGUGUACAUGUUGAAUAUUGUGACACGUACCAGCAGCAUUUCAAUAUAUACAUAAAUUAAGCUCUACGCAGCCGGAUGACGAGUUGUCAGUUUUUGAAAAUAUAAUCUCUUCGCGUGUUUCAUUGCGCGUACGUAUAUAACAGCCCUUCGAGCGAUCGAUCGGAGGCUGUAAUAAACGAGGUUCGAAAUUUGGUGUUUAAUCGUAAAUCAGAACCAUUCUACGAUCGACGUGUAAUAGAAAGAUACAUUUAUACCUGUUUAACUCGCAAGAUUAAUUAACUCUUCCGUGUCAAUGGAUAAUUAAACCCUCGUAGACUCGGUGUGGGUGCAGAAAGCUUUUUACAUCAGACAAACACGCUCCCAUAAUGCCCCUGCCACUAUCUACUUAACCGCCGUUUCUCCUCCCGAGUUAAAUUUAUAAGUACCCCCAUUCAUCGGCCCAUCAUCCGCCCACGGGUUGGUGGAAAUCGAGUCUGAACGUAAUUUAUUCAAGACAUUGCGGGGCGUUUAGGCCCGCGCUUACAUCGUUCAAGUCACGACAUAAUUGGCAAGAAAAUUAUACGACCAUUUGUUCCAGCAUCAUAUCGUCGGAUGUUCGUCGUUAGUUUAAUAUACAUGUUUUUUUUACCACUUUUUAACGUUAUCAAUCUCGAUAAGUGUUGAACAAAAUCUCUACACGAUUUGGCGAAUAAUUGAUUAAACAAAAUAAGUUAAGCUGUCUGUAUUCUUAACGCCCCGUUUCUCUGUUUUCAGAGACAAAAGCAAGUUGUUGCAAUCACACCGAAAGGAAAAGCUUUCGAAAUUUAGAGAAUCAUCCCCAG